CUGCACAAGAACAGCUCAGACCCAAGGGAACGGCUCUUUUGCGGGAGGAAGGCUUCCUGUGAUGAUUUCAACUAAAAGGGGAUCACGGCCUCUUCUUCCUGAUGCAAAGUCGUUACUUCGCCCAAGCUUCGCACGAUCGCAGCACCGAGUGCUUCAUCGCCGAGUCGGGAACCGGCGAUAAUCACCAUGUCGACAUUUGACGGCCGCGUCACCGAAUUUCCAGACAUACGAAUCGAUUACUUCCGCAACCACGCGAGCGCACCGCCUCCACUGGCCUGCUUCCUGAGCCACGUCCAUAGUGACCACCUUGCCGGCCUGGAGAGCCUUCGGUCGCCCUUGAGAUUCUACUUCGUCUCGAGAGGUAUCCCUGCCGGAUCAACUACGUUAAAGGCAUCCUUGAAACCCGACAGCAGACCUACAGACAUCUCAGCAAGGUUCUGGUAUGUACUAUCAACACCGAGUGCCCCUAUAUUGCUGACUUGUCGUCAAGAAACCGUUGCCUUUAGAAACGUCCACCGUCAUCGAGCUGCAGCAUGGGCACCGCAUACGGGCCACUCUCUUCGAUGCGAACCACUGCCCAGGAUCUGUCAUGUUUCUAAUUGAAGGGGAUGGGAAGGCUAUUCUAUACACCGGCGACGUGCGAUGCGAACCGUGGUUCGUCAAUUCCCUCGUGAGGAAUCCCCUCAUUCUCGAAUACGCCUCUGGCCUCAAAACUUUAGACAAGAUUUACCUCGACACAUCGUUCACCUCGAAUUUACCAUUCCAAUCAAAGUCAGAAGGGAUUUCAGAACUAUUGCGAAAGGUUGCGAAAUACCCGGCAGGUACGGUCUUCCACUUCCAAGCUUGGACAUACGGCUACGAGGAUGUCUGGCUUGCUCUGUCGAAAGCCCUCAAAUCUCCGAUACACGUCGACGACUACAAAAUGCGCGUGUAUAGCUCCCUUAGAUCCCGUCUCUCCGAUAAGCAGUCCUCCGUCGACGUUCAUUUCACUGCCUCAGCAGCGUCUCUGGUGGGGCACAUGUGUGGCAACACGGCUGUCCCAGGUUGCCUCACCGCCGACAACAAAGUUCGUCUGCAUAGUUGCGAACGGGGCAACAUGUGUCCUUCUGCUAGGGAUCCGGCAGUCGUCAGUAUCCGCCCAGUGGUUGCCCAUCUGCCGGACGGCAGCGACCUCGUCGAAGCUGGGGUCGGGGGCGGUGGAGACGAUUUGAAGCGUGAGGUGGAAUUGAACCUGUUAUCUCAAGAGGAUCUUGGUCGUCUCAUUGAAUUGAUCGCGGGGUCCGAGGCACUCCCCGCAGGGGAACGGGACGUCGUCAUGGAGGCCUGGAAAAACAUCUCCACGACCAAGAGUGACAUGUCUCUCAAGCUCAAUAUCCCCACAAGCCAUGGCGAGCCCGCAAGCCUAGAGUCUGUCGUUCGAGCUCUCACUCGACUGUCGGGGCAACCCUCGCCUCGGAAUGUCUCCAAACCCCCAAUAUUGGAUGAACAAUCGAAGACGAUCUAUUUUCCGUACUCUAGGCACUCGUCAUACCCAGAACUGUGCCAUUUGGUCGGGGAAUUUGGACCGAAAGACGUGUGGCCUUGCACGGUAGACCGAAAAGAAUGGAUUGCCGACGGGAUAUCAAUUGCGUCCUUGUUCGGUAAGUUAUGCUCUGAAAGCAACUUCGAGCAUGACAAUCAGAUGGCGCUUUGGACGCGUGACGAUGCUGCGUUGAGGGAGUCAGAGCCACACGAGACUCAAGAGCUGGGCCAUGAUGACACCCAGCCACGCUCAGGAUCAUCGUCAGUCCCUGACAGACCGUUUGUUGAGGCCAUAUCUAGCCCCGUUCUUCAAUCGACACAGCACGAAUGCUCGGUGCCAGAUCGAAUGGUCAGCUUGUUGCACGAUUCACAAUGCUUCAGAGCCAAUCAGCCCUGCAGCCCCGAAGAACAGUUCGAGGACGCCAUAUCUCGCCAGAGCAACGGCGUACAAUGCUCACAAGGCUCUCACGCCUCGAUUUCCCAACCGCAGCUGGUAUCGCACAAACGCAAGCACGAGGAUGAGGUUGAGGGCAAUGAUGUCGACGAGACUCUAGACUCUCAGUGGACACAGGCCUCUUGGGCAUCUGUCAUAUCCGCUAGCCACUCGCUCAUUCGGCGUGAAGCACACGAACAAAUGCUCGAGAAUGCCGAUGGAGGAAACUGGAGAACAAUCGCGCUGCUUUCAACAGAUGGUAAUCACACCCUCGAGGAUGAGGAACUCUAGCAUCCAGGAGACGAGGGUGCGAUGGUGGCGGCGUCAAAUACCCCUUCCAGGGCUUUAUAGUGGGUAGAGACACGCUGUACCUGUCUGUGCGCAACGUGCGCAACCCUCCAUGGCUCAUUUCCCGUCGCUAUUAUGCACCGCAUGAAUGAGGGUAUGGAUUGUCUAGCUAACAACUCGACUUUCGAGUGUUUGGGCCUCAUGAGGGUUUACUGCAGCCCAUAUUAGUAUGCCGGGUCGGGCAGACGACGGCCGGAUUUAAUGCACCGGCCGAA